AUGAUAUAAUUUAUGAUCAGAAAGUACUUGACAAUAGAGAAACUAACCACUUGCAGUAGAGAUUUUCUCAAGAGUUUGAAAUAGAAAAAAGCUGAGAUAAAAUCAAACUCAAAGCUAAGAAAUUAGGAUUAGGUUAAAAAUUUAACUAUGUAAGUAUUAAAGAAUUAGUUUUUUUUAUAGAGAAUUUUAAAUAUGAAUGAGUCAUAGUUAUUUGAAAUUAUACUUAAGGGUUUUUAAAUAUCUAUCCUAAGUCCUAGAAUAUAUAAUAAAUAAAUUUUAUAUGCUUUUUUUUUUCUUUGA